AUGAAUGAGGACAACGCCCGCUUCUGCCUGCUGGCCGGCCUCAUCCUGCUCUACCUGCUGUGCGGCGCCGCCGUGUUCUCGGCGCUGGAGCGGCCGUACGAGCUGCGGGCGCGCCGCCGCUGGAUGCAGCGGCUGGACGAGUUCACGCGGGCCCACGGCGUGGAGGCGGCCGCGCUGCGGGGGCUGCUGCGGGACUACGAGGAGGCCAACGGGGCGGGCAUCCGCGUGGACGCCCUGCGGCCCCGCUGGGACUUCUCCGGGGCCUUCUACUUCGUGGGCACAGUGGUGUCCACCAUCGGUUUCGGGAUGAACACCCCGGCCACCAUCUCCGGGAAGAUCUUCCUCAUCUUCUACGGUCUGAUCGGCUGCGCGGCCACCAUCCUCUUCUUCAACCUGUUCCUGGAGCGCAUCAUCACCAUGCUGGCCUACAUCAUGCGCUGGUUCCACGAGCGGCAGCUGCGGCACUCGGGAGCGGGGGCCCUGGGGGAGGGGGGGCGGGCCCCCCGCCGGGAGGACGACAGCCUGGAGGGCUGGAAGCCGUCGGUGUACUACGUGAUGCUGAUCCUGGGCGUGGCCUCGGUCAUCAUCGCCUGCAGCGCCUCCACGCUGUACUGCGCCAUGGAGGACUGGAGCUACGUGGACUCGCUCUACUUCUGCUUCGUGGCCUUCAGCACCAUCGGCUUCGGGGACCUGGUGAGCAGCCAGCGGCAGCAGUACGAGGGCCAGGGCGCCUAUCGCCUGGGCAACUGCCUCUUCAUCCUCAUGGGCGUGUGCUGCAUCUACUCCCUGUUCAACGUCAUCUCCAUCGUCAUCAAGCAGACGCUCAACUGGAUCCUGGCCAAGCUGGCGUGCGGCGGCGGCUCGCGGCCCAGCUGCCGCUCGCUGCGCUGCCCCUGCUGGUCGCGGAAGCACGGCGCGCGCCGCCAGGCGCCGGCGGCCGGGCGCGGCCGGCGCUUCAAGGGGAACAGCGUGCAGCCGCUGCAGAGCCGGGCGGGGCCGCAGCGCUUCGCCGGCGGCUCGCUGGACACGGCCGGCGACAGCGAGACGGACUGCGGGCCGGGCGGCGGCGAGGGCGGGGCCUACCCCGGGCGCCGCCUCUCCGGGGAGAUGAUCUCGGUGAACGAGUUCAACAAGGUGUCGCUGGCGCUGCUGCAGAAGCAGCUGAGUGACUCCGCCCACCACCACCAGGGCCACGCCCCGCCCAGCCACGCCCACCUCAACGGCUUCUCCGGCGGCGUUGGCGCCUUGGCCAUCAUGAACAACCGUCUGCAGGAGACCAGCUGCGACCGGUAG